AUGUCGCGAGCUCUAGUUCAAGCGCCAAACCCUAGAGAGGCUGUAGCGAAGAUCAAGUAUGUAGGGAAUGAACAGGAAAAGAGGAGCUUGCAGAUGGAAGGACUGAAUCUAAUGGACAAAACAUUGUCUGUUCAAGGAGCUCGUAUUUCAUUUUCUAUAUGGGAUGUUGCAGAUUCAGUUGCUAUUUUGAUCAUGUUUGAUCUCACUAGUCGUUGCACACUUCACAGUGUUGUUAGAUGGUAUAGUGAAGCAAGAAAGUGGAAUCAGAAUGCAAUUCCCAUUCUGAUAGGAACCAAGUUUGAUGAUUUUGUUAAACUCACCCCAGAUUUGCAAUGGACCAUUGUAACACAGUUAUGCAUAUGCAAAAAACCUAAAAUUAAACCCCUCACCUCAUAUCGCGUUUUUCACUCUCCUCUACCUCACUUCACGUUGAACCUCUCUCAGAUCGCGAUUCCUUCACUCCUUCUCAGCGAUGGCGAACUCCAUGGCUUGAACCUUUCAGAUCGCGAUUCCCACCUCACCUCAUGGAUUGAAGGAAUUAGGGCUCAAAUUUCUCUUGUUUUGGCAAAAUCGAGUGGUUUCCCGGGUUUGGUUUCUUCGAUUUCUUCCACUGCGCACGCUCUGCUUCGGAUCCAAACAAGUUCUCAACUCUCAACUAUCUCCACUCAGAUUUCGUUUUCAACUUGUGAUUUCAGUUUCUUCUCCUCUCAGAUUUGGAUUGAAGGGAAUGCCAUGAAAUCAGAAUUGCAGGAGAGCAAUGCAAGAUUUCAAGCUUUUGAGGAACGAAUGAAUUCUUUCAUUCUGCAGUUUGGAGGUCAAAUGCCAUCUAACCAGGCAAGGGCUUAUGCAAGAGCAAUGAAGGCAGCCCUUUUCUUUUCCAGUGCAACCCACAAUAUCAAUGUCAACAAAAUUUUCAAGUUCAUCAUGGCCAAGCUCUUUAACUUGCCAUGGACGGUAGAAAGAAAUUUGACUUUGGGAGAACCCAUAAUUGACUUCUGAAAUGUUCACAAUUUGAUUCCUAUGUACAUAGCAGAACAGAGGAUAUAAGAGAAGAAAAACACAGAAGAAAGAAACCAAAUUGAACUUUUCAUGUUGAUUGAGAUCUAGGCAGUAUACUGUAGGUAACUUUAAGUGUUUUUCAAUAGGCCAUUUUGACUAUACAUCUUACAGAGCUACUUGUGAAGGUGGGACUCAGUUUUCUUUAGCUGCAGUUACUGAGUAAAUUGAUUCUACAUUCAAAAUUAAUUGUCGGAGAAACCUUAGGUGAAUAGUUCCUGAAUGUCAAAAUGGAUAGUUCUGUGAAAAAAUAAGCAAAUUCAAACAUGUUAUCAUACAUGCACAUGUGAUGUGUAAAAAUCUAAAAAUGUGUUUGCUUCACAAAUGAAGGGAAAACCACAGAGAUCCACGAAUCAAAAUGGCAAUAGUCGUUGAUGCUUUAUGUAGUACAAUUCACUAAUUUUUAUUCGGGAAAAACUUAAGUGCAUAUGUGCUGUUAAUACUGUUCUCCAAUAAAAAUAUGACAUGUGGAUUAAUUUUUACUCCAAACUAACUCCGUUAUUUUAUUAUUUUUUCCGUAACGUCUCUGCUACUUUCACUGCUCUCUCCCCGUACACCAUGGUUUUUUCCCAGAUCCAUAACCAAGCCCCUUCAUCAAAACAUAAUCAACCAGUUCACAAUCAAAAAAUUGAAUUAAGGAACAUGAGAACACCUUCUUCUCCCCCUGUUUUACACAAAAUUCCAGCAAAUUGCUCCUACCCCUUUACCCCUUUGAUCCUUCUUUGAACCUGCGUCCAAACUUCAUUGCCGAGAUAGAUCGUGAGCACCAAUGACGCAGAUCGAUUCUCUCCCUCGAUCGGUCUUCAUCACCCAUCUCUGCCCACGCCAGAAAAUUCUCGAUGAAGACCAUCGUCAUUCAGGCCGUCAACAAGUCGACAUCUGUCAUCAUCGCCGCGGAAAAUAAGAGCCACCGCUAAAGCCCUUGAACCUGUCGCUGUAGGAGCUCCACGCCGCCGCCGUACGCGCAUGAAACAGCCGCUGCCCAACACCUCGCUGCUGCUCACCGCGGUAGUUGCCUAGGCCAUCAAAGCCGCAUGCCUCCCAGGUUCUGGUCACUCUCCAUCUGUAGAUCGUUGUCGCCAGCUUCCUUCUCCUCCUUCCACUCUCUUUCUCUAUUUCUCUUCUUCUCCCUUUUACCUCUCUUUCUUGGUCACAACGCCAGCGAAACAUGGAGAAAGAAGAAGGGGAUCUUUUUUUUCUUUAAUGAAAGUUUUUUUUUCACGAUAACAGUAAUGGUUCACGGUUCACUUAAGUGGAAUUUUUUUAAUACACUUGUCAUAUUUUCGUUGGACAACAGUACC